AGAAACAAAGCACAAUUAGAGAGAGAAAUUAAAGGAAAUACACAAACAGAUAAACAGCCUCGUCAAGAAAACAUUUUUGUUCUUUCUUCUGCAGUUGCGUACACUUCUAACUUCUAAAGCCCAGAAACUCAAAAUACAACCCAAAAAGAAAGGAAAAAAAAACCACAAAAACAAAAGCUAAAAUUAAAAAACCAAAACAAGAACAGAAACAAAAACUGUUGCCGGCCUCUUCAACACUGUUUCACUAUCGCCGGCGAUCGCAGUUCUUCUUUCAUGGGGUUUUUUAGGAGAAUAGCCGGAUUCCUAGGGUUUGCGAAGGACGACGGUCACGAAGUCAAGGACGAAGACGACGACGAUCACCACCACCACCACCACGAAGAUGGAAAUACUGCUUCGCAGCCUCGGAAUCGUGUCCACAUGAAGGAGACUGGCCUUCCCCGUAAAGGCUUCAGCGUUCCCGUCCAGGUCGCCGUCGAUCGAUCUCAUCCCGGCCCCCUUCUCGCUCCUUGUAAUUCCGGCGAUGGCGGUCUUCAGGGUCUGAGAUGGUACGCAAAGCGACUAAGGGUGGAUGAAGAUGGAGAUGUAGCCGAUGAGUUCUACGACGAAGUCGCUCUGGAGACAGCGACUAGCACAGAAAAUGAGAGGAAGCCAUUUCCAAGGUUCCAAGUGAAAUACAGAACCAGACCCGCCAAAGUUAAGAAACAGGUUAUUUUGCAGGAUGGCAGAAUCCAACAGUGCGUGGAACAUCAAGGAAGGCUCCAAUGGGUAUAACAAACAAUUUUUACAACACAUUUAUCAGACCUUGGAUUUCCGGGUUUGGGGAUUUCAAAACUAUAGCACGAGCAUGAUGCCUGUUUGUCAAUUUGUUCUUUCACGAUGGAAUACUGUUGUCUGUAUAAUGUUUGUGCUGGUACAAAGUUCUGCUGCAGAACUGCAUGACCCCAUUGUAUUGUUAUGUUAUCAAUGUUGAUAAGGUUGUUUUUCUGGCAGUGGUUGAUCCCUUUUAAGGAUCUUUGGUUGUACCGUUAGCUACUCCACACGAAUCCUAUGCUUUGUGUGUAAUUCAUUUCUUUUAGUACACUGAUAUUAAUGCUAUAGCUUCCGACUAU